CGAUGAUAGCCAAUCCAAAAUCGUGUCUUUCUCAUUCGCUUUCGCCUUUUGCAGAUCUCAUUACAUGUAUUUUUUCCUCCUCACAACUCACAAAACCAAAUAAGGAAACCAAAGAUCGCCCUCAACCUGCUUCCGCAUCCAAAAAUCCAACAAAACCAAAACCAACACUUCACCAUGCAGACCCUUCAAUCCUUUGCCCCACCCCUGCAAGCUGUCUCUUCUUCCAGCGUGCCCUCUGUCAUGAAAGCCUUGCCUACCACCAAGACUACCAGCAGCAGCAAGAGCAGCAAGAAGGAACCUUCUGACAAGCCCAAGAGACCUCUAUCUGCCUACAACCUGUUCUUCCAGCACGAACGUGCUCAGAUCCUCAAGUCCACGCCCUCCAAGUACGAUGGCAAAAAGCCUCGUAGAUCUCACGGCAAGAUUGGCUUUGGUGCCCUUGCCCGAAAUGUGGCUGCCAAGUGGAACAACAUUGCCCCCGAGGAUCGAAAGCGCUUUGAUGAACUCGCUGCGGCGGACAAGAAGCGCUAUCAAAAGGAAAUGGAAGUCUGGAAGGCUGCUCAGACUGCCAUUAAAAAGACUACACCAAAUCCUGUCACUCUGGGUAGCAUGACCAUGGUCUCACCCUCUUCUGCUGCAUCAUCAUUCAAUGCUCAGUCCAUUGUCAAGUGCAAUCUCAUGGCCGCUCAUCAAGCAUCGCAUGACUCGGGUCGAAUGGUAUUCCAGAGAAUCUCGUCGUCGUCUCCUGCUGCUUCCAUCAACCGACAUGUUCCCUCUGCCAGGUUUCUCUUUCAAAACUUGCCCAGCUCCAAUUUCGGCAGCUGCAACAGCUUGACGCCGACGAUGCGGGCAGGCAAUGUGGUCGGACAAGCUUUGGCACUGUUGAGCGAUGAGGGCGGCAACACAACUACCAUGCAAUUCCAGCCGUCAUUCGACGAACCCAGUCUGCAGCGAGUGGAUUCCGAGGAAUCCAGCCUCGCUUCCAGUGUCAGCUCGUGCUCUCGCAGAGACAGUACACCACCUCACAUCUCGGAACUUGCCGCCAAAUUGGACGACGACUGCCUCGGUCUGAUGCAGGGACUCCUCUUUUAAAGACUUACUUCCAGGAGACUUGUUUGUGUGUUUGACGGGGGAUGUGCAUCACACACGAGAAAUGAUGACGACGACGACGACGAGAGAAACGAAACGUUUUGGAUGGAUUGUGUUUACUAUUACUACUUCUACUUCCUAUUACUACUUCCUGCUUCUAGAGCAAAGGCUACGGCCUGUAUAAAACGAUAAAAGACAUGUGCAGCUACUUCUACUCCUUAUUACUAUUGAAAUAGUUCUAGCAAAGGCUACGGCCUGUAUAA